AUGUCCGCCUACGGCACCAUAACUCGUCCCUCUACAACAUCCGUCACCCCGCCCCUCGAACCGCGAUCCUUCCCUCUUCACGACCAAGAUCCUUCCACCAAACGCCUGACCGUCUUCCCCCUUACGCGCUCUACCGUCCCGGAGGAAAUGAUCGGGUACCUCCUGGGCGUGUUCAAUGAUGUGCUCAAGGAAGGGAGGACGUAUCCGCAGAUGGGGGAGCAGAGCUAUGAGCAGUUUGUGAGUUUGAAUUGGGGGAGAAAGAGGUGGGGUGGCGCGGAGGGAUGGGUGGGGAAGGUUGAUUGGAGAGCGUGGGGCGAUGGUGGAGAUGAAGUGUGGCUGAUACCAUGGUUUGCAUACUGAAUAGGCAGGAUACUUUUUCGGCACGUCCCUCCGAAGCUUCAGGCACCACAUCUUGGACUGACUUCCUUCUCCCCCACGCGAAGGUACCGACUGUUUCCUAGGUCUGCUCGACGAGACCCCCUUUGACGGGACAAUACCCGAAAACGGAGCCUACAGGGAGAAAGGCCUAGCAUUAGACACCAUCAGAGCUGGAAGGGAGUGGAAAGAUGCUGUGGUGGGCAUGUAUUGUGAGUCGCCGAGAGAUGAGUCCUCCGGGAAGAAUCUUUUUUGAUCCGCGGGAGUGGGACGGCGGUCAGGAAUGUGGGCAUUUUUCGGUUGCUGAUGCAUACUUUUCGUUUCGUGUGGCAGAUAUCAAAGUAAGCACUCAUCGUUGUCACACCGUCCCGAUGAGGAAGCUAUCUCACCCUCGAAAUUCCUCCCCACCACAGCCCAAUUAUCCGGGUCGAUCUUCACAUGUAAGCGCUGAAUGCGUGCCUUCGAUUUAGGUCCUCACCUGUCCUUACUGAAUCUAUGACCCUCGUCGACCAGAACUGCAACGGCGGCUUCGUCGUUCCUCCAGUUCACCGUGGUCUCAAAGUCGGCAAAACGCUCGGUCGUUCCUACCUCCACUACGCGCCUUUACUAGGUCCGUCGCAACUUUGAAUCCUCGUCUCGCUUAUCCUAGCUUCUAGAAUCUGAAUCCGUCCUGUUCUAAUAGGCUACAAAGCCUCCGUCUUCAACCUCGUGUACGUCAACAACAUCGCCUCGGUCAAGAUUUGGGACUCGCUCGGAUUCCAAAGAGCGGGCUUGAUCCCGAACGCGGGCUUGCUGAAGAAGGCCGAGGGGGAGGGGGAGGAGUACGUCGAUGCGAUUGUGUUCUAUUAUAACUUUAUGAAGGUGGAGGCUUAG